GUUUCCUCCUCAAGUGUCACCAUAGUCAACGAUUCUAGUGCGUAAAACAUUGUCCUAGGUCUACUGAAACCGCGCUCCAAACUACACAUUGAAGCCUUCAACGUACACACCCUGUGUCAAAUCGGCCAGCAGGCAUCCUGGGCUAAAGCCCUAGAAUCUCGUACCAUAGAUGUAUGCUGUGUCUCCGAAACACACAUACAGGAUCCUAGUGUGGUCAUUCACUUGACGUCAAAAAGGAUAGUCAAUGGGAUGCACUUUCCGUGUAUCUGGCGACGCGGUGGCUAGUUUUCGUGGACUGGGGGGUGUAGACAUAGCACUAAGUACGAGGGCAGAACAAGCACUAUUGGAGUGGAUCCCCGUUAACAGUCGUCUAUAUGUUGUUCGGCUCAACAGCUCCGUUAGAACUCGGAAGGGUAGGGACACACAUCGUUGCCUUUUCGUUGUUUCUGCCUAUGGUCCCACUGAUUGCAGCCCGGAUGAAGUGAAAGAUGAGUUUUACAGGAAGCUUUCUGAACUUCUUUAUAAUUCUGAACGCUCAGACAUAGUACUCGUAGCAGCUAGCUCAGAUGAAUUGGCUCCAGAGAUCUUUAAGUAUGGUGGUUCAAUUUUAGCGAUUAGGUUGACUGAUAUUUUAGCUAAAAUCUGGGAGUUUGACGUAAUCCCAUCUGGCUGGUCACAAUCACUUAUCGUCCCAAUAUAUAAGAAAAGGUCAAAAUCAUCCAGUGACAACCAUAGAGGGAUUAGUUUGACUAAUACAGCAUGUAAAAUAUUAGCGUCAAUAAUUAUCGAUCGUCUAACUAAGACUCGUGAACUGCAAACACGAGAAAAUCAGGCUGGCUUCAGACCUGGUCGUGGCUGCAUCGACCACGUAUUCACCAUUCGUCAGGUUCUAGAACACAAGCAUGCAAGCAGCAUUUGACUCUGUAAACCGAGAGGUUCUAUGGCAGUGUCUGUCAUUAAAAGGCGUACUUCAGAAGUACAUAAACCUUGUGAAGGCUCUUUACUCGAACACUAGUCGAGUCAGGGUCCUAGUACGGCCGAGAGUGGGGAGUGCCCGCCCUCCCUCUCCAAACGCUCACACGCCCACGGGUAUACAACCUCUGUCGGGGAAGUCCUACUCACUGCCUUCU